GAUUGACAUAUCUUCAUAUGGGUUGUCCUGCGGGUUCUUUUCACAAUUUUCCCAACUUUCCUCGACAGGAAACCACCACAGCUCCAUACGAGGAAACCUCGACUUCCCAGUCUCGUCGCGUAAAGACUCCACCAUUUCCAAAAUUUCGUUAGUGUACCCCGAAUGUAAGGUUAAGUGAAAAACAACUCGUAAGUGCAAAAUCAAAACACGAACAGUGCGGGGUUUCUUUUGUAUUGUUUAGUUUAAAGGUGUGAAAAUCAGGACAUAGUCGAACACCUGACCUUACCCGCAAUAUGGCACCAGCAACUAACACCUGAACUAUUUAAAUGUAGGUCAAAAAGGUCCGCAAACGCCAAAAACGAUUAAAUUAGGUUAUAAACUUCCGGGAAGGAUGCGUGAAAUAGUGUAAUUUAACAAUUUACGACAAUUUCGUUUAAUGUUUGAUGAGGUGAUGUUGGGACGUUGAUGGGAAGGACUUGACAAUCUCUCCACCAUGGUGUAGAAGGGGGCCAUGACAUCAAGGCAACCCCCUUCUAACGGUGAAGAACAAGGGACCCGGUCCCCGCACCUCAGCGUACAGAAUAUCACCGAAAGUGGCGGGGUCAAACCGCGUCAUCAUAUAAGAAAAUUUACCACAUCCGGCAGCCUAAGUGACAGUUCGUCGAGCGUUAAACGUCAGGAAUCAUCACCCACUUUGACGCUAAUAUCGUCAAAGGGCUCAGCUGAUUCAAACUACUCACAGCCAUCUUCAGAUCUGUCGCUCGACGAAGAAAAGGAGACGCUCAGACGGGAGAAGGAACGUCAAGCACUUAGUCAGUUGGAAAAAGCAAGAGCAAAACAGGUAGCAUUUGCUGUCCGAACCAAUGUUGCCUACGACGGUUCGGUUGAUGAUGAUUCGCCAGUGCAUGGAUACGCCGUAUCAUUCGAUGUUAGAGACUUUCUUCAUAUAAAAGAGAAAUACGAUAACAACUGGUGGAUCGGAAGAUUAGUGAAAGAAGGUUGCGACGUCGGUUUUAUUCCUUCUCCUGUUAAGUUGGAAAAUUUGAGACUGCAACAAACGCAAACGAGGUCGAAGCUCUACUCAAGCAAAACGAGCUCGAGCUCCAACAUUGGUGCAGCUGGUAACGAUGUUUCCAGAGGUAGCACCCCUCCUACGCCCGGUGAUGAAUCGGAUUCCGUCGUCAAUACGAGGACGGGAAAAUCGCUUACAACACCGCCAGCCAAAGAAAAGAAAAAACCGUUCUUUAAAAAACAAGAAACCACUGCUCCUUACGACGUAGUCCCUGCUAUGCGUCCAGUUGUACUCGUGGGUCCAUCGCUUAAAGGUUACGAAGUAACCGACAUGAUGCAAAAAGCCUUAUUUGAUUUUCUAAAACAUAACUUUGAAGGACGAAUAAUAAUUACGAGAGUGAUGGCGGACAUUUCGCUAGCUAAACGUUCGCUCCUCAACAAUCCCACGAAGAGGGCCAUCAUGGAACGGUCCAACACUCGAUCGAACUGCAUGGCGGAAGUUCAAGCCGAGAUCGAGAGAAUAUUCGAACUGGCCAGAACGUUGCAGCUGGUCGUGUUGGACUGUGAUACCAUCAAUCAUCCCUCGCAACUUGCCAAAACCACCUUAGCCCCGUGCAUAGUUUACCUCAAAAUUUCCAGUCCGAAAGUGCUACAACGGCUUAUUAAAUCGCGUGGUAAAAGCCAAGCAAGACACUUAAACGUCCAAAUGGUGGCCGCGGAAAAAUUAGCUCAGUGUCCACCAGAGAUGUUCGAUGUUACGUUGGAUGAGAAUCAGCUAAAAGAUGCUUGCGAGCAUAUAGCGGAAUUUUUAGAAAAAUAUUGGAGGUCUACACAUCCGGAAACAACUCAAAAUAUUUCCAGACCAAUUAGUGGUUCUACACAACCAUCACCAAGUGGGGACCAGGGAAGACCUCCUCUACCAGCCCACCCUGACGUAUACGGAUAUGGCCAAGAUAGAGUGUCCACAUACCACACACAACAUACCAGAAGUAGGCCAAGGUUAGAACGUGAACGAGAAUAUGACGAAUAUACGGAUAGAGAUUAUGCGGGUUCUCAUAUGGCUGGAGAUGAUUACAGAAACAUGGGAUUAGAACGAACAUUGCCGCUUAGAGACCAUCGAAGAGAUGAUGAUUACCAAGCACACAGAGGGUCCUCGAGACGGGCCCUAAACGCCAUAUAGUGGAGGCUUUCUACGGAACAACCCAUUGAAGAAGAGGUUCAUGAUGACCUUAGUCCACCACCUGCUCUCUAUUACAAACCUCAGGUACCUAGAGAAUUUAGAGAUGAUCGAAGGAGAGAAGAUCGGUAUGAAGAUCGAAGGCUGGACGAUCGGUUGGAUAGGAGAAGAUCGGAGGAAGAACGAAGAUAUGAUAGACAAGGACCCAGCGAUGAUCGAAGGUACCAAGAAGAAAAGAAAUUGGAUUCGGUGAAGCGACAAGAGGGUAGGAAUUAUCGGAAAGAAUUGCUCGAGAGGUUCUCUGAGAUGGACUUUGAGGAUCAUCACGAAUAUCGGGGCCAUCAAACGUAUUACGAGUAAAUCGUAUCGUUUGGAUAACACAACUUCAAUGGGCUGUUUCGUAAUUGUGAUCAAAAAUGCAAAAAAUAAAGAUUAAAAGCGCCGUAAACAAAAUGAUAUUAAAUAGAGACUCUCUGAACAACAAAAUAUUAUAUACAUUGACCAUUUUGGUGCCAUACUUGAGUAAUAGCUCAAUUUUUAAAUGAAUCUAUCGAAAGGAUUGUAGAAUUAUCCAAGCUUUAACGUAGUCUCGUAUUCAAUGUUCAGUUCGAUGUUUUAUCUUUCUUUACUCCGAUUGAAGAAAGAUCUAUUACAAGUAUUCUCUGAUACGCAAAAAUUAAUGCCAUAAUUAAUUCUUUUCUUGUUUCAAAAUUAAUUUUUAAUUAAUAAAAUCGAUCCGGUACUAAUUAUGUAAAGGAAAUAAAAGGAAACGAACUGAGAAAAAAUCUAAAUCGUCGGUUAUCCUCUUAGUCUAAACAUACUUUUUGUUACGAAUUAGGAUUAAUUUUAAACUAUUCUCACAACGUGAUAUUACCUGUACAUUUACUGUCAUGCAUUGACUGAUCCUAGAUAAAAGAGUUAGUAAGUUAUAAAAACUUUGCACUGCUGUUAGAAACGUUUUAAAUCUUAGAAUUCAUAAAGUGCAUAAAGACGAUAUAAAAAAUUAAAAAAAAAAAAAAAUAGGAGAAGAGAAGCUUUAAGAAGGAUUAGCUGAUUGCCGUAAAAAAAGAAAAACAUGAUUCUUAUUUAUUAUCAUUGUUAGUGUGGGAGUAAUUUUUAUUAUCUACAAAAUCGCGAAGUAGCCUUGUAGGUUCGAAUUUAAAAAUAUACAAGUGACAAUCAUUGAUUUCGCUUUUAGGUUGAUUUGUGAGAAACCAGAUUAGUAUAAACCAAAACGUUUUUUUCGGACACGUGCCUGAAAUGUUCGAUACGAAAAACUUUGUAUUAAAUUAUUUGAAACGUGAUCACAAGGCUGGAUUUAGAAGAAAAAAAAACGAACUUAAUUAAUUAAGUAAACGGUUGGAAUGUUUUCGGAUGUUACCUAAGUACCUCAUUAGUUUUUAAAUGUAGAUAAUAAAAUUUACUUAGAGAACAUACGAUCCCGCCUACGCCGGGCAUUAUCACUGACCAAUUUCCACAAACUGUUUGUAUAGUUAUAGUUGAAAAAAAAUUAUAUUUUUUCCAAUUAGUCGGGAUUUCUAAUGUACAAACGUUUCAGUUUUGUCCCAAAACGCGAUGAACAGACAACUUUCGAGAUUUAUUGCGUAAAAACGAACAUGCAAAAAAAAUGACGUAACUUUUUCAUAAAUAAUGUUAACAUUGAAUGAAUAGUUUAUUGAAUUUUUCAAAGUAUAUAAACCUAUUACGAUAGAGCAAAUGAUAAAACGAAAAAAAAAUCUCCGAUUUGAUACGUGUAAAUAGCUAUUGAAAAUACAAAUUCUAUACGUAGGUGAGAUGAUUUUUCCCGAUAACAAAUUGAAAAAAUAAACCGAUACAGACGACUAGCCGACAGGAACUCCGUACCCUUCAUUUCGAUUUCGAGUAUUCCCCUUUUCCCCUUGUUCCGUUUCGUUCAAUCGUUUAAAGUAAAUUAUUAUACAAGAUGUUUCGUACGUAUAUAACGAAUAUAUAUAUUUUUAAGAAAUGCCUUGCCUAUCCGAUUAGUUUACAUUGUUUAGGAAAUACUUGAAUAUGUAAGAGUAUAUAAGAUAUAUGCACAUUUGAUAUGUGCGAUUUUUUAAAUAAAUACUAUAUAUCAAGUUGGA